AUGGCAAGCUUGAGAGUUUCUUGUGUGGUUGCAUUGAUGUGCAUGGUCGUUAUUACUGCACCCAUGUCAGAGGCUGCAAUCUCGUGCGGAUCGGUAACUGGGGCCCUUGCUCCGUGCUUUUCUUAUCUUAAGGGUGGUCCUGGUCCUUCACCAGGAUGCUGUAUUGGAGUGAGGAGACUUAACUCACAGGCAAAAACAACCGCCAAGCGUAGGAUUGCUUGCAACUGCUUGAAAGUUGCUGCUGGUUCCAGUAGCGGUUUGAAUCUCAACGCGGCUGCUACUCUCCCUGGCAAAUGUGGUGUUAGAAUUCCCUACAGGAUAAGCACCUCCACCAACUGUGCAACCAUCAGAUUCUAA